CCAGGUGCCGGGCCGGCCGCGGCGCGCGGGGCAGUAGCAUUACGCUCGCCGAACAGGAUGACCAGGAUGGCCGCGCUGCGCUGCAGAGACCCCCACGGCGUGUCGCCGGCGCCGCUGCUAGCGCUGGCUGCCCUGGCGCUGGCGGCCCUCCAGGAGGCCCACGCCGUGGCCAUCGCCCCUCCGCCCACACACGUCGGCUACAGCCAGUUUCUCCUGUUUCCUCAGAGAAGCUCGGGCAUGGGGAUGUUUCUGGCGCUCUCCGUGCCCCUCGACUCCAUCCACCACGACGUGAGUCUGGCCUACAACUUCGAGGCCAACUACAUGCUGCCGAGCAACGCCACCGCGCUCAGCGAGCUGGAGGCCCAGUACGGCUUCCGGCGAGCGCUGGGCGCGGACCCGGGACCGGCGGAGACCGCCGAGGCCCGGCGCGCGGCCCGCGCGCUCAGGGACCUGGGCAGGGCCGACGUGUACGGCAUGAUUAUGGGGAGCAUCUCGAGGGCGGGGCUGCCGGGUCGGGCGUGUCUGCUGCGCGCCGUGUGCGAGGCCUCCGAGUGGCCCAUGGUGGAGGGGCUGCUCGGGAACAUGCUCACCGUCUUGCUAACACCCUCCACGUCGGCGGACGACGGCGAGCUGCACCCUGCCUUCCACGCGGCGGAGCGGAGGGGCAAGCGGGGAGCGGACUGCGCCGUUCACUACAAGGGCUGCCCCGUAAGCCUGCUCGGACUACUCACGGAACAACAACAAUAAAGCGACA